CGCUUUUACAAUGCACUUGGUGGCUUGGAUAUAUUUAUUAGGUGGCUUUUUACCUUGGGUUAAAAGUGCAUACGAUGUGUUGGACUCUUCAGUUGGUCAGAAUAUUACGGAAUAUCUGCACGCGCGACAGAAAAGACAUCAACUGAUCUACAGGAAUGGAGGAACUAUCCGUUUGGUAGUCGGUCCCGUAAUGGCCACCCAACUUGAGGAUCCUGUGGUCUGGCGCAGCAUGGUUUACUAUUAUGUCCUUCAUUUCGGAGCAUUUACGCUACCAUCAGCUCCACUUUAUCCAUGGGACAAAUGGGAGACGAUCUUCACUCGAUCGCUGCAGGAGAAGAUCAGGAGCUUGGAUGAAUCUCACGAGGACGACACUCGGGUAUUUGUUUAUGCUACUUUGGAGAAUUAUAUGGACCAAGUCAGUGGAUUAAUGGGUCGGGGUCGGCAGUGUUUGUUGCGAGGGAUCUGCGAAAAUGCACAGGUCCAUCAUCAUGUGGGAAUCAUGGCGGAGCUACUAAACGUUCUACUCACACCUGGUAAAACGCGUUUGGAUUUGGCCUAUACGGAAGCCUUAUCAGCUGGAAAAGCUGGGACCGAUUGUUUAUCUCGCUUUUCGGAUUGUCCGAAAGGUGAAAGUAUCUUUGAUGCCUAUUCUGUAGAUGUGGAUUAUUAAAGUAACAACGGCUUUGCGGGCAAGGCUUAAUCAAUUUUAUA